CUCCAGUAACUCGUUCUUCUUAAUUUCUUCUUGUUCACCUUGCCAAGGUCGUUUUGCACGAUGAGGAGAACACAGUACCCAUGUAUCAUUUAAAGGAUUAUAUCGGCGAUGAGAAUGAUCUGUAAAGUCGAACUUCAUACUCAUCCUUGAGAUUGUAGUAUUAUAUAAUUCAGCAGGAAGAAGGUACCUUGAGGAUCAGACAUUUCUUCAUGGUGGUUUCAUGAUGUAGGUUACAUAAUUCUUUACCCCACCGUUCACUCCGCAUACACAAGCCUCAUUAUAAGCGAAACAGCAAAUUUAACCUAAAAGUAGUCGGAGAGUUUGCGGAGUGAAGCCCUUAUUAGAUCAGGGGCUUUAAGUCAUUGAUUCGUUUUCUAAGGAAUAAUACAUCUUGGCUUCGAUAUCUAUGUCCUUUCACACCUUAGUACCGCCAUGCAUUGUCUUAUCCUUUCACCUCCUUCUUCCAGUCGGGCGUUAGUCCUGAGUAUUUUCUGACGUUUUACGGAGAUAUAUCGAUAUUUGUUUUGAGCUUUACUAAUUACAUUAUUAGCUGUGCACAAGAGAAUUAAGUCGACAAAAGCACGGGUGAACGUUUAGGGAUAAGGGUAUACGGUGGAGUAUAUUUCGUAAACAAAGUACAGAAAGGACGAAUUUAAUUAUUUUUUUUUCUUUCUUGGUUCAUAAGCUAUUAAUUUUGUAAUCAACACGUGUUCAUUUAUUGCAGGGCUAAAGCUCCGACUGUGCGAAUUUUUUGUUAAAGCCAUUAAAGGUAUCUAAUAUGACCGUUUGCGAUGGUUACGAGCAGCAUGUUUUGGUAACAGGCGGGGCAGGAUUCAUUGGAUCCCAUUGCCUAGACUUCCUUGUGUUUAAAUAUCCUCAAUUUCAUUUUACAUGUAUGGAUACAUUAAACUACGCAAGCGAGAACAGCACGAAAUUUCUCCAGAAUGUUUUGGGAAGGCCAAAUUUCAACUUUAUUAAGAUAAAUUUGGUUUCAGAAUAUGCUGCCCUCCAAAAAUUUAUCAUCGAUGAGUUUCCAAACACGCGGAUCACACAGAUCAUCAAUUUCGCUGCAGAAACAUGUGUCGAUCGCUCCUUCUCAGAUCCUAUCUUCUUUACUAAAAACAACAUUCUCUGCACUCAACAUCUGCUAGAGUGCUCUCGACUUUUGCUCGAUCGCUAUCCCCACCUUCGUAGUGUGCUCACAUUUAUGCACAUAUCUACUGAUGAAGUCUACGGCGAACAGGAAGAUCAUGAAAAUGUUGAUGAGCUUUGCAAAUUGAACCCGAGUAAUCCGUACGCUGCCUCCAAAGCCGCUGUUGACUUAAUCAUCGGAUCCUAUGAGUUGUCGUAUAAUCUUCCUGUGACAAUUAUUCGAGCCAAUAAUAUUUAUGGAUCACGACAAGAUGGAGAAAAAUUAAUUCCUAUGACAAUUUCUAAACUACACCGGUUUCUUCAACAGAAAAGUCACGAAGUCAUGUUUGACAAAAUUACCAUUCACGGUGAUGGCUCACAAAAGAGAAAAUAUUUGCAUGUGUAUGACUUUUUAACCGCUCUUGAUUUAAUUUGGUCGAAAGAACGAAUGAAUGCUGCCUCUUAUAAUCGUCAUACUAAUCAUCAACUUUUUAAUGUUGGCUCUGAAGACGAAAUUGACAAUUAUUCUCUCGUGAAGCGUAUAUGCGAUUACUUCCUCCAGAAAAAAUUUCCUUCGAACAACUUUGACUAUUCGAAGUUUAUUUCAUUUUUUAAAGACAGAAAUUAUAAUGACACAAGAUAUUCUUUAAAUUAUGAAAGACUGAAGCAAUUUGGUUGGAAACCUCAAAUUUCUCUUGAUCAAGGAAUUAAAGAACUGGUUGACGAAGCCUUCUAAUCUGUGUCCUUAUGUCCUUUUUUAUACAUUGCUAACGUUCAUCAUGCUUUCAUAAACCGAAUUCCUAAAAUAUCGGUCACUUUUUACUACGUAUUCUUGUUUGUCUAGAACAAACAAAGGUUAUUUAUGAGUUAUCUCCUUAACAUUUCAUUCCCGUUUUUGCGACAUAUCAACUGAACGUACUAAAAUUAUGCAUAUUUAAAAAUUCAUUAAUCUUCAUUUCCAUAUUUAACAUGUGAAAGAAAACAUUAAUUUAGAGCCAUAAAACUCUCCCUUGUGAAGAAGAACUUGUUUGGACCAGGGCAAAUAAUUGAUUGCACUUAAAUAGCGACCUGCUUCAACGCAGAAACCGGCUCUAGCUCUAAAAGGAUCAAUAUCUACGUUGUCCCCUGUGUAUAGUUGAAAAGCCGGUUCUGUAGAUGCCACGGAGAUUUUAAUUGAUGUGGAAGGGUGACUUGCUUCAGCAAUUGCCUUGAGCUCUCUGCUUCUUGUAUCAAGAGCAAAAUCGCUUUCACCGACUAUAAAAC